GAUGAGUCCUGUAACGAUGUUAGUCGUUUGCUGUGCCCUGUAAUGGCGCUGCAUAUGAUCCAAUGAAGCUUUGAUGAGCGGACCAUUCGGAACACGGCGUUGUUUUUCUUCCUCCCAUGAUCGCCACGAAAUGAGGACGGAUCAGGAAAGGCAAGAAAAGGCAGAAUAUCUGUUUGUACACAUUUUAAUUUCUUAUUUUAUUUUUACACUUGCUCGCGGAAGGCGACUGAAUUGUGCUUAGGAACUAUUGCAGCGCUACAGUGUUUUCGGGGGAGUAAUGAGUGUGUUGGAUCAGUGUGGACGGUUUCGCUGUGGCAGGUCUGUGUUGAGGAACAUUGCGGUCAUUUUGUCGAGGCUGGGAGAAGAACUGUUUUGAAGAGGCUUUUACUAGAACUUGGGGAUUAUGCUUCUGUCUUUUGCCUUCCGUGAGUGCUGUGCAAAGCGCUAUGUACAGCUAGCCUUUUGUAGUGCUCAGAUAUGUAUUAAAAACCUGAAUGCCAGAGGACUAGCCACUUCUACCAGCCAACUCUUUGUCAGGAGAACAUCUCAGCGGUUUGUUAACCAGACAAGAGGAGCUAAAACGCACAAGAAAAAGACAAAUAAUUACCAAGAUGAAUGGAAGCAGCGGAAUAAGACCAUCCUCACAUAUAUUGCAGCAGCUGGGGUGGGCAUGAUAGGUAUGUCGUAUGCUGCUGUGCCACUGUACAGAAUCUACUGCCAGGUUUCGGGACUGGGUGGCACAGCAAUCGCUGGGCAUGAUGCAGGUUUAGUUGAAACAAUGAAGCCAGUCAAAGAUCGCAUUAUUAAAGUCACUUUCAAUGCUGACACACACGCAAGCCUCCAGUGGAAUUUCCGCCCUCAGCAGUCUGAGAUCUAUGUUGUGCCAGGAGAAACCGCUCUAGCAUUUUACAAAGCAAGAAAUCCCUCAGACAAACCUGUGAUAGGAAUCUCUACCUAUAACGUAGUGCCAUUUGAAGCUGGACAGUACUUUAACAAAAUUCAGUGCUUCUGCUUUGAAGAACAGAGGUUAAACCCUCAGGAAGAGGUUGACAUGCCCGUUUUCUUUUACAUUGACCCAGAGUUUGAUGAGGACCCCAGAAUGGCUCGAGUUGACACCAUUACACUCUCUUAUACCUUUUUUGAAGCCAAAGAAGGACAGAAAUUACCCCUUCCUGGAUACAGUUAAAUAAGCAGUACAUGGUGCACUUCUCAGAGACUUUACUUUUCUGGUGGAACUUGGAUAUCUAAUGGAGCAUCAUUUAUUCAAAUGUCAUGCAGUUCGUGAAAGCCUUUUUAACUAUGUUAUCUGUGCAAUGAAACAUGUUAAUGUUGGUGUAUCCUGUCACUUUAUGAAAUUCCACUUGAAUGACCAUUUAAAAUGAUUAGUGGCUUCAAAAGUCAAGCUGUACACUGCAAUAAAUUUACACAGGUAUUGAAUUGCA